AUGCGGCGGGGCCGGCCCGGGGCGGGGCGGGGAGCGGCGGCGGCUCGGCCAUGGGGCGCCCGGUGCUGCUCGCCGCCGCCGCGCUGCUGCUGCCGUGGGUCGGGGCCGCCGUCACCCGCUUCCGGGUCUCCGCCAACUUCGAGUGCCGGGCCACCGGUGAGUAGCGGCGGGGCCGGGCGGCGAGCGCGGGGCUCCCGGGCUCUGCAGGCCGACAGCACGCUGAGCCGCCCCCGCUGCCGCCGCCCGGCCCGGCCCGGGCCCCCGCUGGAGCCACCCGCCCUGGCGCUGAGCGGGGCCCGCCUGUGCCUGCCCGCGCAGCCGUGCCGGCCCUGCCUGCGGGUGCGCCUGGCACUCCCCGCCGCAGAGCUCAGCGGUGUCCGUGGGCUGCAGCUCAACUUCCUGGAGCUGGGCUCCAACCGGGCGGGCUGGCUGCAGGUGUGGCGGCGGCACCGGGCACCGCGCAGCUCACCGUGGCAGGUGCAGUUCGACUGCUUCCCGGCGGAGAGUGGGCAGCAGGUCCUGGUGUCCCUGCGCACCAUCCCUGACCGAGGUUUGGCCCUCAGCCGUCGCUGUCUGGUCACUGCUGAGCUGCCCGGGCCCGUCUUCAACCAUGCCUGGGUCCCCGAGGCACGGGCCAUCGAGGUGUGGGUGCCCGAAGGCCCUGCCCUGAUGGUGCGGCUGUGCCACCAGCUGGCCCUGGAGUGCGAGGAGCUGCCCCGGCCCUUCCACCAGCAGGUGCUGGUGCUGGGGGGCAGCCGCGUCUCGCUGCCGUAUGAGUUCCUGGUGCCCUGCCUGUGUAUCGAGGCCUCUUACCCACACCACGACAGCCCACGCAGCAAGCGCUGCCCCUUCCGUGACCAGCCAGCCGCCUAUGGCCCCGAGCUGUGGUCCUCAGUGCGCUUCCACGACUACAGUGCCAGCAGCAAGGACCAGAUGGCGAUGGUGCUGAGCACCAGCUGCCCCCUACACCCGCGGGCCACCCUGUGCUGGAGAGAUGUGGCGGCUGAGACUGCGCCCUGCCAUGACAUCCCCAACUCCACAGCCAGUGAGGAGGAGCAGGCAUAUACACUGGACAAGGUGGAUGUACACCCCCAGCUCUGCUUCCGGUUCUCCUACAGGAACAGCAGCCAUGUAGAGUGUCCCCACCAGCCAGAGACCGCCUGGAACGUUUCAGUGAGCAUUUGGGGGCUGCAGUUGCGCCUGCACCUCACCUCCAGCAUCCCCACAGCCUUCAGCGCAGCCCUCUGCCAGCGCCGGAGUGGGCAGUGUGAGGCUGAGGCCCCACUCUACACCGUCACACAGUCGGAGGGCUCUGCCCCGGGGGAGCUGGCACUGCUGCUGCCAGUGCAGGUCCUGGGCAGCUGCGUGCUGGUGUGGCGCUCAGAUGUGCGCUUUGCUCGGAAGCAGCUGCUCUGUCCUGAUGUCUCCCGCAGGCACUUUGGGCUGCUGGGCCUGGCACUGGUGCUGGGGCUGGUGGUGACUGUGCUGCUUCUCAACUGCCGCGGCACCUGGAGGCCGGCUGAUGGUGGCCUGGGCGGGCGCCCCGUGCUGCUGCUGUACUCCCCGGACUCGGAGGAGCACCUGGGCCUGGUGUGCGCACUGGCCGAGCGCCUGCGUGCGGGGCUGGGCUGCGACGUGCACCUGGACCUGUGGGAAGCAGGUGGCUUGGGGCAGGCAGGCACCCUGCCAUGGCUCUACGCCCAGCGGGGCCGCGUGGGCCGCCAGCACGGCACUGUCCUCCUUCUCUGGAGCCGGGGCAGUGCCCGGCUUUUCCGCCGGUGGCGGGUCGGGGCAGCCGGUGGGACCGCUGGCGAUGCCCACGACAUCUUCGGGGCGGCCAUGGCCUGCCUGCACGGGGAGCUGGGGGUGGCGGGACAUGGUGGCGGGUGGGUGCUGGCCUACUUCAGCCAUCUCUGCAGCCCCCGCGAUGUCCCCAGGCCACUCCGACCCCUGCCCACCUACCGCCUGCCCCGGCAGCUGCCUGGGCUGCUGGGUGCCCUGCGGGGCAGCCCCCCGGUUCCCCGCCGCUGGGGCAGAGCAGGGGGGCUCCUGCACCGGCUGCUGGAGGAGGGGGCUGGGGAGGGCACCCCCCCAGCUCGACCCCCCGGGGUGGCAGCUGGCACCUGAGUGCCCAUGCUGGGGCUGAGCUGGGUGUUGCUGCGGGGCCAGUGGGGCUGGGCAUGGCCCCCCGGUGAGGGCGGGGGUCCUGUAGCGGAGGUGUAGGGCUUGGCCAGGUGCCAGCCGCGGUGGCAGGAGGGGUGCCCGGGGGUGCCGCACGGUGGGGCCCCAGCAGGGCUGGCCCCAGCCGUGGGAUGUGCUGCCGGGGCCGGGAGCGGACGUGCUGUCCCCGGGCCGGGGGCAGCUUUAUUUCCACACAGGAACCUCUUCCAGUGGAGAGCCGGGACCCCGGGAAGCCCCUUGGGAUGCCGCAGCCGGGCGAGGGGCCGGCUGGAAGGAGCUGAGCGGUGGUGGAGGGGAGGUCCCUGCCCUGCCCGGAGCGAGGGGGGCUGGGGCGGCCGGGCACAGCAUGGCCCUGCCCCUUGCUGCCUCUGGCCGCAGGACCCGGGCCGGGCUGGGAGCAAUAAAGGUUCCGUUUCACCCUG